AGGAGAAAUAGAUGGUGAAUUAUAUUGGAAGGAACCGUCUCAUGGCUACAUAUUUAUAUAUAAGAUGAAACAUGAAUAACUCUAUGUUUUGUGUGCAUUUUCUGUUCCUACUCUAACACUAAUCUUUACCAGAUUCUCCUUCGUUGCUUCUGCUGAAACUGUGAUUAACAUUGGACUAGAUGACUUGAAAAUAUGGUGUUGAAGCAUUUGGUAACUGUGAUAUGCUUGUGGGCUUGGUCCCAAUCCUUGGCUUCAGCAACUUCUGAUGAUGGGUUAAUGAGGGUUAGUCUAAAAAGAAGGACUUUAAACAUUAACACUCUAAAUUCUGCAAGGAUCAACGAGGCUAUUUAUCAUAAUAAUUAUUUAACAACAGAUAUAGUGUAUCUAAAGAAUUAUCUUGAUGCACAAUAUUUUGGUGAGAUUGGUAUUGGGACACCUCCACAAAUCUUCAAAGUUGUGUUUGAUACUGGAAGCUCCAAUCUUUGGAUCCCAUCUUCCAAAUGCAAAUUAUCUAUUGCUUGCUACAUUCAUUCCAAGUAUAGGUCCAAACUAUCUAGCACUUACACAAAAAUAGGAACAUCUUGCAAAAUCCCUUUUAGCCGUGGACACAUUCCUGGCUUCUUCAGUCAAGAUAAUUUAAAAGUUGGGAAUAUCAUCAUCAAAGAUCAGGAAUUUACUGAGAUUACAAAGGAAGGAUCUUUGGAAUUUUUAGCAAUGCAUUUUGAUGGGAUACUUGGACUUGGAUUCCAAGAUAUUUCAGUUGGACAAGUCACACCAGUGUGGUAUAAUAUGAUAGAACAAGGGCACAUGACUCAAAAGAUUUUCUCACUUUGGCUAAACCAAAACCCAGAUUCAAACAUAGGUGGUGAGAUUGUGUUUGGUGGUAUUGACUGGAGGCACUUUAGGGGUGACCACACUUAUGUUCCACUUUCUCAACAGGGCUAUUGGCAGAUUGAUGUUGGAGACAUUCUACUUGAAGACAACUCAACAGGGCUAUGUCAAGGUGGUUGUGCCGCGAUUAUUGACUCAGGAACAUCUUUAAUUGCUGGUCCAACGAGUGUGGUGACUCAAAUUAACCAUGCCAUUGGAGCAGAAGGAUAUGUUAGUUUUGAAUGUAAAAACAUCAUCCAUACCUAUGGCGAUUCAAUAUGGGAAUUCAUAACUAAUGGGUUAAGACCUGAAAUUAUAUGCGUCGACAUUGGACUCUGCUCACGUAAUGGAUCACAUAGAAUAAACGAUGAUAUUGAAACAGUGGUAGACGAUGAAAGUUGGGAUGAGACACAAAGUAGGGAGAACCCCUUGUGUACUUUAUGCGACAUGAUUGUGUUUUGGAUUCAAGUUCAGCUUAAGCAGAGAAAUACAAGAGAAAGAAUAAUAAAAUACGUUGAUGAGUUAUGUGAGAAGCUACCCAAUCCAGUGGGACAAUCAUUUAUAAACUGUGAUAAUAUUCCAACUAUGCCACAAAUUAUAUUCAAGAUUGGAAAUAGAUCAUUUCCUCUAUCUCCAGAACAGUAUGUACUAAGAGUUGAAGAAGGGUGUUCAAGUGUGUGCUAUGGAGGUUUUGUUGGUAUAGAUGUGCCUCCUCCACAGGGUCCUCUCUGGGUUCUUGGAGAUAUAUUUCUGGGGGCAUACCAUACAGUUUUUGAUUAUGGAAAUCUCCGUGUAGGAUUUGCUGAAGCUGCAUAGUCGUGGUUUAGUGUUGAUAUUAUUAUCAUGCCAAAUUCUUCAUAGGAACUUAGGAGUAAAAUAAAUUAUUAAUAAAAGGUUUACAUCCCAAAGGUCCCCAUAGCCAAACGGAGAACAAAAAAUGGAAGCGAAAAAAUUAAAUGCACCAGCCGGGAAUCGAACCCGGGUCUGUACCGUGGCAGGGUACUAUUCUACCACUAGACCACUGGUGCUCUUGUGCUAUUUCGAUGUAGUUUAUUAUAAUUUACGAACAACUGAUUUUUGAAGCUAUUUACAGCAUUUUAGAUUGA